GCCGGAUGGAGCGCUGCCCUGGUCCUCCUGGCGCUCCUUCAGCCUGGCCGGGCCUUCUGGCUCCUCAACAUGCUCUUCCCGCCCAGCACCACCCCAGAAGCCGCCGCCGCCAACAGGACGCCCCCCGUGGUGCUGGACGGUGGUGUCUCCAUGUGGUGGCCCAUCAAAAUGCAGAAUGAAGUCAAAUCAGAUCUGGAAGCUAACUUUACCAACCGCACAGCCACCACUUUUAAGCAGUGCCCGGGUACCUCGGGAAUCAGCUGGAGGCUAAGUUGGACAAGCCAGACGUGGUGAACUGGAUGUGUUAUCGCAAGACCGAUGAUUACUUUACCAUCUGGCUGAACCUCAACAUGUUCCUGCCUUUUGGAGUGGCCUGUUGGAUUGACAACACAAGAGUGAUUUUCAAUAAAACCACCCGGAGCAUAACCAACGCCCCUGGAGUCCACAUCAGAGUUCCUGGGUUUGGCCAGACCUUUUCCGUGGAAUACCUGGAUGGUGGCAAAUUGGCCGGCUACAUGCACACCCUGGUACAGCACCUGGUCAACAACGGCUACAUGCGUGAUCAGAGCGUGAGAGCGGCUCCCUAUGAUUGGAGGCUUGGCCCCAACGAGCAAGAGGUCUACUAUUCCAAGCUGCGGGGUCUCAUCGAAGAGAUGUUUGAAGCUUACCAGAAGCCGGUUUUCCUGAUUGGCCACAGCCUUGGCAACCUCCACAUCCUCUACUUCCUGGUCCAGCAGCCGCAGGCCUGGAAGGACCGUUUUGUUCAGGGCUUCAUUUCCCUGGGGGCCCCCUGGGGGGGAGCAGUGAAACCCAUGCGGAUCAUGGCUUCGGGUGACCAUCAGGGCAUUCCUAUUAUGUCCAACAUUAAAUUGCGUGAAGAAAAGCGAAUAUCCACAAACACUCCCUGGGUGUUCCCCACCCACACAGCCUGGCCGGAGACACACAUCUUCGUCUCUACCCCUUUCUAUAACUACACCUACCGGGACUACCAGCAGUUCUUCAACGAUAUCAACUUUGAAGACGGCUGGUUCAUGUGGAAUGACAGCAAGGAGCUGCUGGCAGGGCUGCCAGCCCCAGGCGUGGAGGUCUAUUGCCUGUUUGGCACCGGAUACCCCACUCCAGAGACCUACAUUUACAACGACCGCUUUCCCUACGAGGACCCAGUGGAUAUUAUCUAUGGGGACGGGGAUGAGAUGGUUAGCUGGCGCAGCAUAGAACUGUGCAAGGAGUGGCGCAACCAGCAGUAUGAGAAGGUCCAUGUCCUGGAGCUGCCUGGAGCUGAUCAUCUCAACAUGGUCUUUGACAACCGUACUCUACAAUACAUCAGUGAAAUCCUGUUUGGGAACCUGGAGAAUGUGACUGCUGCACAAGACCUGGGAGGAAGAGCCCACUGAAUCCCCAGGGAAAGGAACGCCCUCCCCACCGAGAAACUGGCUGCUUUUGGUUCUGUUAGUGUGGGAAGGGAACAUGAAUGCUCACACAGGCACAGCACCUUCCCUGUGCUGGAGAGACUCGAGGGUUGGCUGCCCCCCACCCCCCAGUGUUUGGUUUAAAUAUGAUAGUUCCCAUUUCCCCACCGUAUUUUCAAGAGACAAGAAGCCCAGAGCACAAUUACUGCUUACAGGUUUCUGUAGAGCAGCAGCGACUUUUCAUAAAUCAUGAUGGUAUGUGGCAAAGAUCUUGUAAGAUGGCCUAGAGACGCUGCCAAAGGAGUGGUCAGAUAAGAGACAGCAUAGCCUGCAGCUGUAUGGUGGGUGGAGCAAGAGACUCAGAAGAGACCCUUCCUAAUUUCUCAGGCUGUAAAGGAGACAGUGGGAGAUUUGUACCUGCAGACCUGCAAGCUUCUAUUAAUAUAAUUUUACAAUAAAGUAGACUUAGUGCA